GCAGAGACGCUGUUGCAAAACGCCGCCGAAAUGAUUCAGUCACUCUCGGGGGCAGUUAAGGCGCUUUCGGCUGUACCGAAAUGCGCGCACCCCGCUGUACGGUUGGCAGUCCCGACUUACAGCGGAUACGGUGACCUGCUCAGUGCCAGGGAUUAUUGUGACUCCCUGGUACGCUACCAGAUGGCAAAUCGUUUGGAGGAUCAGGAGGUGCUGGAACGCGUCGUUCCCGUAGCACUUACUGACACGGCGGCUAGGUGGUACCGGCUUUCCGGAUACCGUGCAACAACCCUCGAGGAGUUCCGCGUGGCAUUCCUGCGCGAAUUCCUACCCGCUGACUACCAGAGUAGGAUGCGGCGAGAGCUUGAGCUACGUACACAAGCUCCUGACGAGUCGCUUCAGGAGUACGUACGCGCGAUGCAAGACCUGUUCUUAGUCGCCGAGCCCAAAGCUUCGAACGAGGAACGCGUCGAACGGGUGAUCAGGCAGGCACAUCCGACCUUUUCGGCGUACCUGCGCGGCGGCCGCUUCCGAGAUUUAGAAGAAUUGGCCGCCGAGGCAAAGCGCAUUCAAGGCGACAUUCUCGCCGCGCGAGCCUAUCGCCCACCGCCGCCCGCCAGCGAGGCCCUUGAGCCACGCUGCGCGUGGGGAGGGCCUGUGCCCCUCCCCCAACGGCAACAACCCGGCCAAGCUGCCUUUGCGGCUAUAAGCGGGUGUGCAUGGGAGCUGAGCGCGCGCGCUCUAGAUCCCUACACGUACGGGAGGCGGGCAGCCUGUGCUGCACCACCGCCCGAAAUGCAUGCGCAGGGACGCACUUCGACCCAACGCAUCGCAGAUGCGGACGCUCGUGACAACAGGCCCUUUGGUCAUGCAGCGAGUCGACCCCGGCAGGGAGCUGAGGCCGCUCCGCCUCGGGAAAGGUACCGCGGCGGAGUGCGCUGUUUUCGCUGCCAACAACGAGGGCAUAUAGCAAGGGACUGCACCGCGCCCAGGCCUCCUGCGAGGUCGGGAAACGGGAGCGCGGGUCGCUCGUGAAGGCACGAGUGACCGAAACCUUGCUUGUCCCCUCGGCGUACCGAGCAGGUUGUGUUGCUGGGGCGCACGCGCCCUUUAUUCCGGUGACCAUUGUCGGCCGCGAAUUUCCUGCGCUGCUGGACACGGGCGCAAGCGCUUCGUUGUUCGGCGAAAAGGUGUUAUCCCACUUGCAGAAGCACUCAGUGCGCUUGCGGGAUUGCCGAACGACAUUCAAUCUUGCGAAAGGCGUGGCCCAUUCGGCGGGCGCCGCAAGGCUGACUGUCAGGUGGGGAGAGCGAAUGAGACGCACGCGUUUCGUUCAUCUCCCCGGGCUCAGUGUUCCGGUGAUUCUCGGAAGGGACUUUCUCCUUAAAACCGGAAUCGUUGUGGACAUUGCGAAUGGCGGCUAUCGCGACGGACCGUUUACGUUGCUAAAGCCGUUCAUCAGCCCGCCGGCGUCCGAUCUUGCCUGUGCAGAUGGG